CAUUUUCCAGCGAAUGAAACUAUAAAAUUCAAGCAAACCGAGUGCCAUUAAUGGCAGCAGGAUCUAUUCAGUACUUCGGGAAUUUCCGACGUAGUAUUUGAGAAAUAAACAACCAUCCCUUAUCGGGAGCAGAGACUGAAACGAACGUGUCUCUACUUCACCCUCGCCGGGGUGGGUCACUGAGGAUCGUCGAGCGUCCGGAGUAUAUAAGAAAAAUACUUAUACUUUUCAGUUUCAUUGCGCUGGAAGUCGUCGGCGUAAGCGGUUCGUGCGACCUACUCGGAUUUUAUUUCACAAUUUUUGACUUCCUGGCAGAGUUUCCUUGAGAUACGGAAUAUUGAGAUUAUUUUGGGAGAGUACCUAGCGGGAGACGAGGAUGUUGCGAAUAAGACAAGACCUGCUCAUACCUUCCCCCCCGCUGACACCCGGCGAUGAAGCCUCGAUGCCGCUGCUCACCGACCUCCUGGCCCGCAAUGCCCAGGACUUGAACGCACCGCCGGGCUUCGUGCUCUGCAUUCCGUGCUACUUGUGCAAGCAGCCCUUUAACGACAUAGAGAGCUUCAAGGCCCACCUCACCCAGCAUGCGGCGGAGAUCCACGCGUGGAAUACGGGGAGUGUCCAAAAAACGCAGCCUUACAUGCCACCUUACGAGUCAGUCCCGCGGAACCCACACCCGUAUCACUUGCCAGUUGCCUUUCCACCAACUCCCUCACCACCAAUGGGCCCGAUGACCUUGCCUCCCUGUGCGAUGCCGUCUCAGCAGGAACAGAUGCAACACCCGAUGCCGGUACUUACCCAGGUCCCCCUUCGAGCCAUGGACAUGAUGGUUGAGAGAGUAGCUCCAACCAUUCCACACCAUCACCACCUCCAUCCCUGCCCUCCGCCGUGGCUGCGGCAACCACUCCCCAAUCAGCCCUAUUUCCCUCCAGUGCCACCUCCAAUGGAGUACACGAUUCCAACGCCCAUGCACGCAGAGCCAAGUCAUUCACCAGAGCACCCGCCAAUCCUGACACCCCAAGCUGUUGAGCUUCAGGAAGAGGAGAUUUCCGUCGAUGUGGAAGCGCUGUCGGAUGCUGUGGAGAAACCCAAGCCCCCAGUCGUCCAAAUACUAAAGGACCUACUGAAGAAGAGCUCUGAUCAACCGGCAGCUCCCGAUCCUGGCGCCACAAAGCAACAGUUCGGGUGCGAGCUGUGCGGGAAGAAACUGAGCUCCCGCCAGGCUCUGAAGUACCAUUCGAGAGUGUUCCACCAGAUAGAGGACCUGCCCUCGGACCGGAUUGGCAGGAACGUGCAGAAGCUGUACAAAUGCACCGUCUGCAAGCGGCGCUACAAGCGGCAGUCCUUCCUCAAGCUGCACCUGAAGUACAGCCACGGGAUCAUCACCCCGCCCAAAGAGGCUGCGGAGCCGGAAAGUUCCACAGUGGAUUGUGAAGCACCACCCGCCGCGGAAAAGAGCGCCUCGCCCCCAGCCCACGAGCCUGGCCGCAAGGAGAUCUGGAGCACCAGACUGUACAACGCGGUGGCGGCGGCACAGUACCAGCCUGCCAGCGAGCCGGCGGCAAAGUACUUGAGUGCGCCACGUCAGCACCCAGCCAGAACCGAUUCCGGAGAUACUUCUGCGACGCAGCCGAAGCGAAUCUACCCGAUGCGAUCGCCGUUUUUCAAUCCCGAUCUCUGGCUAGAUCUUUAGCUGUGCUCUUAGAGGAGGAGCGGGAGUCCCAAGUACGCUCUAGAAGACUAUUCAAUAUUCCGACGGAAAAUCACUGGGUUGUGUAAGCAGCAAGACGCAAGGCGGCCGAGCUGGACAUUAAUUUUACGGUUAUUUAAAAAUAUAUUAAGGAAAUUCAAUACUCUUCCAAGACUGAAGAACGAGAAGGCCAUAAAAAUGUGGAGGAAUUACUUGAGACCAUUUUUACGGACUCAGCAGUUUGGAUUUCGUGUGAAAUAAGAACCAUAAGCGGAACAUUUCUGGAUACAAACAAAUUUUAACAAACUUAAGUGCUAAAGUGCUGGGGUGGGAUUGAAAACCCCGAUUUUGGAAAACGAAAAAUAAACGGAAAAUAAACGGCUGUUUUUUCAGCAAUCAUA